CUAGUGUUCAUUUUAGAAAUUCAAUCCUGAUUCCCAAGCUUCUAAGUUUUUUUCACUUUCAAGUUUGAAGUAGUCCCGGUGAGCUAAAAACGUUACCAAAAACGAAUAAAUAGGGAUAUUAAACAAUCUCUCCAAAUAAUCCAUGAGAGCUGGUUUUCUAAGAGUUGCUGUGAACGGCUCGUGUUAGUCGUUAAAACGAGACUUGAGUAGAAUUCCAAAUCAAAUCAGGGCUGGUCAUAAGGCAAAUACUUGUCAAUUUUCAGGUAUUUACUAUUUGGCUCGACUCGUUUAAAGUAGUAGGAUUUAGUAUUUGUAUUUGACUUGUUCGAAUCAAGUACUCGUUUUAUCAAAUCUCAACCGUAGGAACGAAACAAAAACAUGUAAUCUAACGGCUGUUAGCAGAUCUAUAACGAGGAAACAAUCUGACACACGGUCAAGUAGUAGACCAUCUAGACAUAAGUCGCCACAUGGCUUAAUAUGAUUGGAUGAUUAGAAGACGGUCUUAUGUGUGUUCUUCUCUUUGUUGAUCAUCUCACGGCUCUGUUCCGUCUCUUUCCUCUUCUCUAUUUCAUUAGUCUCUUGAUCCUGAUAACAAGCAUCUCUCUCUCUUUGAGGUGGCCGCUUCCAUGCCAACGUGUAGAGAAAAUGGGCGAGUCUAAGGGGUAUGAGAGAGGAGGACGUGUGAUUCCAAAUGUUAAUUCUUACAACGUCUCUCUUAAGUUGUCUCCACUUGUUUCUUUUUGGGAUUGUAUUGUCCGAACCAUGAGGUAUUCCUAUAUACCUGAGUGGUUGUAGUAGUUCUUGAGAUCGUUCCUCUACGAGUUUAUUUAGUUAGAAAUUAUAUAUAUAUAUAUAUAUUAUA